AUGUCAGAUGGCGGCAAAUCGCGCUCGUCGUCUUCCUGUAAGUCGCAAUAUCCUCAUUCGCGCCAACAAGGAGCAUCCAAAAAGGCUUCUCUUAAACCCCAAUUCCGCUCCCUCCCAACACCUUUCCCCUCACAAAUCUCCCUCCCCAAAACUCCCCACCUCAAAUCACACAGACCUAUCCCCAGCCAAGCCCCACUAACAGCCUCUCUCCAAAAAAAUCCAGUCCACUUCCUCGCCGGUCUCUCCUCCGGCGUCCUCUCGGCCGUACUGCUGCAGCCGGCAGACCUACUGAAGACGCGCGUGCAGCAAUCGCGCAGCACAACGCUCUCCGCCACCCUCACCAACAUCCUCCGCGGGCCAGACCCGGUGCGCUCACUAUGGCGCGGCACGGUGCCAUCAGCGCUCCGCACAGGCUUCGGCAGCGCGCUCUACUUCACCACACUCAACGCACUACGCACCAGCGUCGCCAAGUCCGAAGCGGUCAUCCACCACCGCAACAACAACAACACAACAGGAGGCAGCAGCGGACAACAUGCCGCCGGCGGUGGGACAUCUAGCAGCAGCAGCAGCCUCGUCAAGCUCUCGCGGCUGGGCAACCUGGUGACGGGCGCCGUCGCGCGCGCGUCGGCCGGCUUCGUCAUGAUGCCGGUGACGGUGAUCAAGGUGCGGUUCGAGAGCAGCUACUACGCGUACCGCUCGCUGUGGGCCGCCGGCGCCGACAUCCGCAAGACGCACGGCGUGCGGGGGUUCUUCGCCGGCUUCGGCGCCACCGCCGUGCGCGACGCCCCCUACGCCGGCCUGUACGUGCUGUUUUACGAGGAGAGCAAGAAGGCGUUGGGGAGGAUGGCGGGCGUGGCAGGGACGGCGGCGGCGGGGGCGACGGGGGCGAGCGUAGAUGCCGAUCAGGAGAAGAAGGCGGCGGUCAUGGGCGGGGGGGAGGCGGCGGCGGUGAAUUUCGCGUCGGGCGUCGUCGCCGCGGGCUUGGGGACCGCGCUGACGAAUCCGUUUGAUGCGAUCAAGACGCGCUUGCAGCUGCUGCCGGAUCGCUAUGCGAACAUGGCGCAUGCGGCGCGGUUGAUGCUGAGGGAGGAGGGCGUGGGCAGCUUGUUCGAUGGGUUGGGGCUGCGGAUGGCGCGGAAGGCGCUCAGCUCGGCGUUGGCUUGGACGUUGUAUGAGGAGCUGAUUCGGAGGGCGGAGAGGAGGUUUGUCGCGAGCGAGGAGGCGGUGUUGAAAGGGUGA